AUGGACAACGAUCAAGACACUCGAUUUUCCACCGCAUAUACAACGCGUCUAGACCAAACCCUCCAAGAUCUUCAAGACCGAGUCCAAGAGCAAGAAGCCGCACUUGAAAAACUCCGAGUCACCACAUCAGCCCCCAUAUCUGAAGGACCAUCACCAGAUCCCAAAACCCACCUACACCAACUCCGCGCUCUGAAACAAGCAUAUGAAUCCAUUUCCGCCUCACCCCCAUACCUUCCACCCCCCAACUCCGUGCUCCCCGCCCUCCUCGCCUUCCGCACCACCUCAACCUGCAUCCAAGAAACCCAAGCAUGCAUUCUCAGCAGCACAAACGAUUUAACCAACACCCUCACCCUCCUCCAAAAAGAACAAGCCGACCACCAAGAAGCCCUCGCCAUCCAAACCAGCCUUCAAAAGCGCAUCAGCGCCCUCCACUCCACCCUCCGCCACCAAACACAAAAGACCCCCUCCCAACUCGCUUUCGAGCUAACCAACACACUGCAAACCGACAAAAAUCACUACGAUACCGAAACCGUCAAAUUAGUCCGCGCAUUAAAUUCCUUCAUCGACGAACAUCUCGCCUGCAUGCUAGCCGCCGAAGAACUCGGCGGACCCAUCGUCGGAGAAAUGCUCUCCAUCACCCCCUCAACCCUCAUCUCCGGCUUCAGCACGCAAGGAAAACCCAAGAAACCGCGAGAACAUCCUAAUAUGGACAAACGCCAACGAAGGAUAGAUGAAAUAUGGGGGCCCAAACCUUUUGUCGAAGGAGAAGGAGAAGAAGAAGAUGAAGAUGAAGAACCAUGGGACGAACAACAUGCUGCUGCAGCCGAGAUGCGAGAAUUGGCCGAGCAGUUGUUAAAUGGAUUAUUGGAGGCCGAUGAGCAUGGCGAGGAUGGAUAUGUGACGCUCGAGAGAUAUAGUGCGGCGGCGAGAUUUUUGGUCAGGAGUAAGGUUGCGCAGUAUCAUUAUAGCGAUGCAAGGAAGUUGAAGUUGAUUGAUUUUGAAAAGGAUAUUAUUUGA